UUAACCAUCGGGCUCCGGUCUUCAGUUCAAACACCACAUCUCAUUCCGCUCUCUCUUCUCUCAGUCCACUACUUCACGGAGAUAGCAGUACCAUGGACUGCGAGGAAUCCUCUUCGUCCAGCUCUUUUUCAUCCAAUGAAGUCCCAGCCACCAGCUCCCCGUCCUUCUCCUCCACCUCCCCGCAACUGCCCGCAAAGUCGCCGAAGCGCCGAGCAGGGAGGAAGAAGUUCCGGGAGACGCGUCACCCGGUGUACCACGGUGUCCGGGAGCGCAAAGGCGGCAAGUGGGUGUGCGAGGUGCGGGAGCCCCACAAGAAGAGCCGCAUCUGGCUCGGAACCUACGCCAAGCCGGAGAUGGCUGCCAGGGCCCACGACGUCGCCGCAAUAGCGCUUCGCGGCAAGGCGGCGCUCCUCAACUUCCCCGACUCGGCGUGGAGUUUGCCACGAGCGGCGUCGUCUUCCGCCGAGGACAUUCGGCGUGCUGCGUCGAAGGCAGCUGAGAUGUUUCGGCCUGCCGUGUCAUCGCCGGCGCCGGAGGUGCGGCCAGCGGCGGUGUUCGUGGACGAGGAGGCGCUGUUCAACAUGCCCGGAUUGCUGGAUGACAUGGCGAGGGGGCUGAUGCUGACGCCGCCAGCUAUGCAGGAAGCGUUCGACUGGGAUAGCGUGGAAUGCCAUAUGGACCUGUCGCUAUGGACCGACUGAAAUGUUCAUAUCUGCUGCCGACCAGGUGGCGCUGGUAGAAGCGUAGAGUUAGAAUUGACUUGAUAGAGGGAUUUUUGCCCUUUUCUUUGCUAGUACAGGGAACUUUAGUCGCUGUAUUUAUUCUACCUUCUCUUUUCCUUUUUUUUUUUUUUCCAUACAUCAAAUGUGCAAAAAAACAUAUUCUAGGAGAUGCAAAAUAUUAUUUUAUUCA